AUGGAAUUUAAAAUUGAACAUGAGUGGAACAGCCGUCCUGUAUCACAUGACCCAGUGACAAUUUGUCUGAAGCCAGUGCCGGAAGGGCUGCAAAUGGAUGUUACUGCUCCGUUCUUUAAUGAUCCAGCUGCUCCCCCUGGUCCACCUGGAAAGCCUUUUCCUGGACUAUGGGACUAUGAAGUGGUGGAAGCAUUUUUCUUAAACCAUGAAAAGGAACAGUAUCUUGAAGUUGAGCUUUGCCCACACGGGCACCAUUUGGUGCUUCUUCUCUCUCAACGCAGGCAUAUUUGGAAGGAGUGUCUGCCACUGUCCUUUGAAGCAUCCAUAAAAGAGGUGACCUGGAGAGGCUGUGCGCUACUGCCCUGGGAAUACUUCCCUUCUUCAGUAGACCGUUUCAAUGGCUUUGCUAUACACGGUUCUGGCUCACAGAGAACCUAUGAGUCACUUUAUCCAGUACCUGAAAAGGAAAUACUAGCGGGUCAGCAACCUGAUUUUCAUCGCUUGGAGUACUUUAAGCCUUUUAACUUCCAUAUGUUGAUGGGCGAAGAAUGGAAAGAGUCUGAAUCCAGCCUCUGGAAAAUGUAACUUGUCUGAAGAUGUGCAUUUGUGUUAUGAAUGUCUUCUAAUUAUUCAAAUCAUCAUUUUUUUUAUAUCAGCAGGGAUAAUCUUUGCAUAAUAUAUUACACUCUUGCAAGUUUUUUAUUAAAGUUCCUUAACUGCAGAGAAGCAGUCACACUAACAUCACCUUGAUACAGACCCAAGGAUUUUAUUCUCCAUCAGCACUAAAUCUAAUGCUUUAAAGAGACCGG